CUUUCUGCCUCUUCCACUCACUCACUCAUCAUACAGCUUCAAGACGCAGAUACUGUUCAGUCCCUGACAACAAACAACCAACCAUGCUUCUCUACAUUGUGUUCUUCGUUGCACUGGCAACGGGGCAGGUCACCGAUGACCUGGACACGGACGGAGACGGACAUCUCAACAUCAACGAGGUCACGGCCAAGCUGAACCUGACCGCAGUCGUGUACGCUCUGGACACUGACGGUGACAUGCAGUUCACCGUUGCCGAGGCUCUGGAGUAUUUCGACCAUCACAUGAUCAACCAGCUCGACACCAACCAUGACCACAUGCUCAGCUUCCAGGAACUCAUGGACGGCCUGACUCUUGCUGACCUGUUCGCCUACUACGAUGCAAACGAUGACGGCUUCCUGUACGGUUCAGAGGCGGACAAGAUCUACCAGAUGUACGCCGCGCAGCAGAACGCCGCAAAUCCAAUGCCCUGAUGGGACCGCUUUCCUCUGUAACUAAUUAACAUUCUAACUAAUUAACAACUUGCAUACCUACCUAAUUACCUAGUCCCUCGACUUGACUUCGUCUUGUGGAGGACACGGUAGAUGCCGAGUUGGUUAUAUCAUAUGAGGAAUAUUUCCUCAUGACUCUGAAUAAAUAAACGCAACUUCUUCCAUGCAUUCAAA